UUCCUCAUUCAUAUGACAUAUUGAAAAUCAACUCGCGCCCUCCAGUUCUUAAUGGUGCGCUUGCGCGUAUAGGUAACGGGAGCUAUCCAAGUGCUGAAUCUGAAGAGGCGUCCACUUGUCUCCAUUCCAGCAGUGGACAGUGUUCAACGCAAGGAAAGAUUAUGCUUCAACGCCGCUAUAUGUUUUUCAGAACAUACAUCUGUUUUCAGUGAGUUUUUGAAUGAAAGUGAGAACGCCUCAUUGACGACUCGGCGAAUUGUGUCAGGUCACGACGUUUUUUUUACAGGUUCUUUUUUGGCGGCAAUGACUCAGAAUUUAUGAUUCUGGGAACCAGUGUUUCAUCAAACUAAACUAUGAUCCUACGGACUGGAAUGCCACCUGCGUAUUCUCUGUGUGCCACGAGAACACCCGACUGCGCUUUGGUCAGAAAUAAAGCGAUAUUGCUGCUUGGAUUGUGUGUUUGACCAGCAUUCACAUAUGGAAGAAAUAAAGAAGUGAAGAAAUAAAAAAUCAAGAGGAAUGAAUCGCCCCUUUAUCAAAGUCUUGACUGCUUUAUUUGCAUGUUUAAUGGAGACCAACAACAGCAGGGUGGUGGAUGCCAAGGAGCAUGAGUCCAGAUCAGGAUCUACUACUAACUUGUCUCCCUCAGACUUUCUGGACUCAUUGAUGGGUAGAACAUCGGGUUAUGAUGCACGAAUAAGACCGAACUUCAAAGGUCCCCCAGUUAAUGUUACCUGCAACAUAUUUAUCAACAGCUUUGGUUCUAUAGCAGAAACUACAAUGGAUUACAGAGUGAACAUCUUCCUGCGACAGAAGUGGAGAGACCCUCGGCUGGCGUACAGCAAAUACCCAGACUCCUCUCUGGACCUGGAUCCGUCCAUGUUGGAUUCUAUCUGGAAACCUGACCUGUUCUUCGCCAAUGAGAAAGGUGCCAACUUCCAUGAUGUCACCACAGACAACAAGCUCCUGAGGGUCUUCAAAGAUGGUACCGUCCUGUACAGUAUCAGGUUGACUCUCAUUCUAUCUUGUCCAAUGGAUCUGAAGAACUUUCCCAUGGACAUGCAGAUCUGUACCAUGCAACUGGAGAGCUUUGGCUACACCAUGAAUGACUUGAUCUUUGAGUGGGAGAGCAAGGACAAAAAUCCGGUGCAGGUGGCUGCAGGGCUGACCCUCCCCCAGUUUAUCAUGAGAGAUGAGAAGGAGCUGGGAUACUGUACCAAAAGCUACAACACCGGUAAAUUCACCUGCAUUGAGGUGAAGUUCCACUUGGAGAGACAGAUGGGUUACUACCUGAUCCAGAUGUACAUCCCCAGCCUCCUCAUUGUCAUCCUCUCCUGGGUCUCCUUCUGGAUCAACAUGGACGCCGCGCCCGCCAGGGUAGCGCUAGGCAUCACCACUGUGCUCACCAUGACAACCCAGAGCUCCGGCUCCAGAGCCUCCCUUCCUAAGGUGUCCUAUGUGAAGGCCAUUGAUAUCUGGAUGGCCGUGUGUCUCCUGUUUGUAUUCGCUGCCCUACUGGAAUAUGCUGGGGUUAACUUUGUUUCCAGGCAACAGAAGGAUUUACUUCGCUUGAGGCGAAGACAGAGGCGGACUCACAAGGAUGAUGACAUGAGGGAUGGCCGCUUCAAUUUCUCUGGUUACGGCAUGACUCAGUGUCUGAAGGAUGGGUCGGCUGUUAAAAACGCCAUCUCAAACCCCAGCCCAGCACCACCAACCCCUAAAGAGAAAGAGGUGAUAAGAAAAAGGUUUGUGGACAGGGCCAAGAGGAUUGACACUGUGUCCCGAGCAGCCUUCCCUAUGGCCUUCCUCCUCUUCAACAUCUUCUACUGGAUAACAUACAAGGUCAUCAGGCAUGAGGACAUUGGCAUGCAGUCAGGGUAGUCGCUCUCGCCGGCAGGUUUUACCUAUGGAACCCUCAUCUCUCUCACUCUAAUUUUACUGAAUGAGAAAUGAUUGGACAGCAGUGAGGCUACUUUAUGUUGUGGGACUGUACAUGGAGGAGAGGCACAGUGAUGCUGGGGGUGGUGGUGUUCUUUCAGGGACAAUUGAUAGGUGUUCAAGCAAAAUCGAAUAGACUAAUGCACAUGUUUUAGAUGAACAAGUGGUGAGGCACAGAUAUAUUCCUAUGUGUUAAUGCAUCCUGGAGAUUCUACUGGGUUUUUACUCAAGUCACAGAGCAAUGAUGUAAAAAGGUGGACCACAUUUUAUGAGACAAUACUGCCUUUGCAUUUGUGCAACCUUGCAAUGGAGCAACAUUCCAUGCAUUUGUAUGUGCAGUAGUCUGGGCUUUAGGGUUAGACUUUUGUGUGGUUUUCAUAUGAAGGUUGAUUUAGAGCAGUUUUAUACAAUUGUACUGCAGUUCCUCACUGUUUCUACAAGCAGCAGUUCUAUACGAGCACAAUGUAUACACACACGUUUUACUAUCCUUGUGGGGACCAAACAAUUGAUUCCCAUUCAAAAUCCUAUUUUCUCUAACCCCUAAACCUAAACCAAACUCUGACCUUAACCCUAACCCCAAGACUAAGACUAAAACAGUAUUUUUCCUUGUUGGGACCGGCAAAAUGUCCCCACUUGAUUGAAUUUUCCUCGUUUUACUAUCCUUGUGAGGAGUUCUGGUCCCCUCAAGUAUAGUAAAACCAAACACACUAUAAGGCCUACAUGUGUGAAGAGAUUAAAUCCAGAUUGACAGUUAGAAACUGCAUUUUUAAAAGCCUUAGAUAUCAUGGAUUUGGAGAUAAAUGGUAGGCUUCCCUAUCUUCCCUAUCUUUCACAAAGCACCGUCUCUUUUCACUCAGCUGUCUGUCAGAAAUGAAUGCACUUAUUUAUUUAAAACUCAGUAAAAUUUUGCCUAAAAGGUAGUUUGUAUUUUCCACUCCCCUUCAACGUACAGUUGAAGUCAGAAGUUUACAUACACUUAGGUUGGAGUCAUUAAAACUCGUUUUUCAACCACUCCACACAUUUUUUGUUAACAAAUUAUAGUUUUGGCAAGUCGGGUAGGACAUCUACUUUGUGCAUGACAAGUAAUUUUUCCAACAAUUGUUUACAGACAGAUUAUUUCAUUUAUAAAUCACUGUAUCACAAUCCCAGUGGGUCAGAAGUUCACAUACACUAAGUUUACUGUACCUUUAAACAGCUUGGAAAAUUCCAGAAAAUGAUUUAGAAGCUUCUGAUAGGCUAAUUGACAUAAUUUGAGUCAAUUUGGGGUGUACCUGUGGAUGUAUUUCAAGGCCGACCAUCAAACUCAGUGCCUCUUUGCUUGACAUCUUGGGAAAAUCAAAAGAAAAUCAGCCAAGACCUCAGAAAACACAUUAUAGAGCUCCACAAGUCUGGUUCAUCCUUGGGAGAAAUUUCCAAAUGCCUGAAGGUACCACGUUCAUCUGUACAAACAAUAGUACGCAAGUAUAAACACCAUGGGACCACGCAGCCGUCAUACCACUCAGGAAGGAGAUGCAUUCUGUCUCCUAGAGAUGAACGUUCUUUGGUGCGAAAAGUGCAACUUAAUUUCAGAACAACAGCAAAGGACCUUGUGAAGAUGCUGGAGGAAACAGCUACAAAAGUAUCUACAUCCAUAGUAAAACAAGUCCGACCUGAAAGGCCGCUCAGCAAGGAAGAAGCCACUGCUCCAAAACCGCCAUAAAAAAGCCAGACUACGGUUUUCAACUGCACAUGGGGACAAAGAUCGUACUUUUUGGAGAAAUGUCCUCUGGUCUGAUGAAAUAAAAAUACAACUGUUUGGCCAUAAUAACCAUCAUUUUGUUAGGAUGAAAAAGGGGGAUGCUUGCAAGGCAAAGAACACCAUCCCAACCGUGAAGCACAGGGGUGGCAGCAUCAUGUUGUGGGGGUGCUUUGCUGCAGGCAGAAGGGAUGGUGCACUACACAAAAUAGAUGGCAUCAUGAGGGCGGAGAAUUAUGUGGAUACAUUGAAGCAACAUCUCAAGACAUCAGUCAGGAAGUUAAAGCUUGGUCGCAAAUGGGUCUUCCAAAUGGACAAUGACCCCAAGCAUACUUCCAAAGUUGUGUAAAAUGGCUUAAGGACAAAAGGUUCAAUGUAUUGGAGUGGCCAUCACAAAGCCUUGACCUCAUCCUAUAGAACAUUUGUGGGCAGAACUGAAAAAGUGUGUGCGAGCAAGGAGGCCUACAUUUACAUUUACAUUACAUUUAAGUCAUUUAGCAGACAAACCUGACUCCGAUACACCAGCUCUGUCAGAAGGAAUGGGCCAAAAUUCACCCAACUUAUUGUGGGAAGCUUGUGGAAGGCUAUCCAAAACGUUUGACCCAAGUUAAACAAUUUAAAGGCAAUGCUACCAAAUACUAAUUGAGCGUAUGUAAACUUCUGACCCACUGGGAAUGUGAUGAAAGAAAAAAAGCUGAAAUAAAUCACUCUACUAUGACAUUUCCCAUUCUUAAAAUAAAGUGGUUAUUCUAACUGACCUAAGACAGUGAAUUUUUACUAGGAUUAAAUGUCAAUAAUUGUGAAAAACUGAGUUUAAAUGUACUUGGUUAAUAAGGUGUAUGUAAACUUCUGACUUCAACUCUAUAUCAAGUCAUCAUCAUUACAUACAUGUUAUCUCAUCUAUUUCAUUAUUCAACGUAUCAUCACUAUUUUCAAACUCCAUCUUUUGCAUUUCAUUUUCUUCUUGUUCUAUUCUUAAAUAUGUCACAUGGGGUACAUGACAAACUUCUGACCUACAGACAAUAUCCCACUACUCAAUAUUCCCUUUUUGCCAAUUAAUUUGUUUGUAUCACAGAUAAAUAUUUAGAGUUGGGGUGUACGUUUUGUAGAUUUAAUUGUAAUGAAAUGUUUAUUGUAAUGAAGGCAGAUGAUAUGUUUUUAAAAACUGAGAUUUCUAUUCUACUUCUUAAGAUUCCUCUGGGGACUGCUGAAUGCAUUCCCUCUUUGGGCAGUACGUAUUACAGUUAACAUUGUAUACUAUUCAGCAUUGCCACUAUGAAGGAUAUCCUCGUAACACAAUGGUACAGAGCAGCUAUUGGUCCUUGCACUCCUGACAUACUACAAGGAAAGUAUUUUCUUGAAUGCUCAGUGUUUCCCCUAUUUGCAUUUAGCAGCGGCUCAAUGUAGAUGUAUAGAUGUAUUCCCCAGAAGAUCUCAUCCCCGCGCACCGCAGGAAGACCUCCCCCCUACUCUGCCAACGCUGCUGAAAGAAGUCCUAGGGGAAACUAAUGCUGAUUCUGAAAAAGGUUGUUUAAGAAACUGUACAUCAAUAAAGUUGAGUGUGCACCACAUAUGCCCUCUCCCUCAUCAUGGUAGUGUGUUGUCCCAUCAUCAAACAGACUGUCAGAACAUCACAUGAUGUGUACCGUAUGGAACUAGCUGAUCACAUUUUAGAAGAAGAAGUAUGAUGCAGACUACAGAGUUCAAUAUGUCUAGUGGGAUGGCAACAGGGAAUCAUUACCCAU